GCAAUUCCUUAGUAAUUAAAAUCCUGAUUAAUUAUCAAAUUGGUGUAUAAAUAUAAUCCUGAUAAAUUGUGCUAAUUCUAAUUAGAGAAUUUAUCGGCUCGACGAGCAACUGAUAAUUGCUGAUAACAACCUUACAAAAGAAUAUUCUAUUCGUUCGCUGACUUUUGACACCUAUCAUAUAUAUAUAUAUAUAUAUAUAUAUAUAUUUUCAAGUCCAAAAAAUUAACAUUUUCCUCAACAUGGUUGAGAAAUUGGACGUGAUAAUUUUUGGUGCAAGUGGAUUUACAGGCAAAUAUACAGUUUUUGAAGCGAUUUCGGUUUUAGCGAACUUAAAAUGGGGCAUAGCCGGUAGAAAUCGUAUAAAAUUAGAAGCCAUACUUGAGGAUAUUGGAAUUAAAGCCGGUAAAAAUUUGAUGAGUACACCCAUUAUAGUAGCCGAUAUCGAUGAUGAGUCUUCUUUGUUGCAAAUGGCCCGACGCUGCCGUGUGUUGGUUAAUUGUGUCGGACCUUAUCGGUUCUAUGGGGAGCCAGUUGUUCGAGCCUGCAUUGAAUCAGGAACUCAUCAUGUUGACGUGAGUGGUGAGCCGCAAUAUAUGGAAACAAUGCAACUAAAAUAUGAUCGAGAGGCACAAGAGAAAAAUGUUUAUGUUGUUUCUGCGUGCGGUUUUGAUUCUAUACCAGCUGAUAUGGGCAUGGUAUUCAUUGAAAAAAACUUCGACGGUGUUGUUAAUUCGGUGGAAGCUUAUCUUCAAUCUGAUGUUAGAGGCGGGCCUCCAAACAGUGCUGCUAUUCACUACGGCACAUGGGAAAGCGCUGUCUAUGGUUUAGCUCAUGCCGACAAAUUACGUGGCAUACGUAGCCAACUAUACACAGAAAAAUUACCUAAAUUUCAACCAAUUCUAAAGCAUCGUCCAUUGAUAUUUCGUUCAGAAAUAGUUAAUGGCAUUUGUUUACCUUUUCCAGGCUCCGAUCGUUCUGUGGUAAUGCGCUCGCAACGUUUCCUUUACGAAAAAGAAGGAAAACGGCCUAUUCAAAUGCAUGCAUACGUAGUAUUUCGAUCCUGGUUUGCCGCGAUUUGUGCAGCGUGUUUUUUCCUUAUGUUUGGCAUGACGGCGAAAUUUUCUUUUGGUCGUAGAAUUCUGCUUAAGUAUCCAAAAUUUUUCUCGAUGGGUUUAAUAUCACAUGAAGGACCUUCCGAAUCCCAAAUGGAAAGAACAUAUUUCUCUUUGACUAUGAAAGCUUUGGGAUGGCCAAAAUCGGAACGUACUUCAAAUUCUGUUAAAGAAUUUCACGAUCCUCCAACAAAAACAUUAACGGUUAAGAUAUCCGGUAUUAAUCCUGGUUAUGGAGCCACUUGCGUAGCAUUACUUUGCACCGCCGUUAUUAUUCUCAAAGAGAGCGAGAAAAUGCCAGGAACAGGAGGAGUAUUGCCUCCGGGAGCGGCCUUUGCAAAAACGUCAUUAAUCAGUGAAUUAGAAAAACAUGAGCAUGGCAUGAAAUUCGAAAUUUUCGCCAAUAAAUGAAUAAAAAGAAAGCAUAGAUUUCAUAAAAGAGGAAAUGUGG